AUGUACUUCUCAUUCUCUUGGCUGUGGUGGGUCGCCGCCGUUGUGCCGCAGGUUGCUGCUUUUCCCUUGAAUGACUUCAGCGAGGCUGCGACAACAAACUAUAGUGCCAUCUAUUCGCCCUGUCUUUCCAAAGGCGCCCAUAUUUACUACCCUUACCAGGCAAACUACAACACAUCAGUUCUGCAGCGGGCGUCAACAUGGGAUUCGCCAACUUUCGCGGUGACCGUUAAGCCUGCGUGCAACUCGGACGUACAGUGUGUGGUCAAGCAGUCGAACAAGAACAACAUCAAGUUCUUUGCCACUGGUGGCGGUCACGGCGCUGAGCCUGGUUUCGCCACGGUCCAGAAUGCUGCCAACAUCGACUUGUCGGGUUUCACCCAAAACGUGCUCGACACCGCCGCCAACAGGCUGACUGUCGGUCCUGGAGUCUCUUUUGUCGACUUCGAGACAAACCUGUACAAUGCCGGCAAGCUUGUUCCUGUUGGAAACAUCUACUGCGUUAACAUGAUCGGAGCCACAAUCGGUGCGGGUAUUGGUCCGUACCAAGGGCUCCACGGUCUUGUCAUUGAUGCCCUUCGAUCUGUGACCUUGAUUACCGCCGCAGGCGACAUCGUCACCGCGUCGUCUUCGCAGAACUCUGAUCUUUUCUGGGCUGUCAAGGGAGCGGGAGCCAACUUCGGUAUCAUUACAUCGGCGACUUACGAGAUCUUCGAUGCGCCCAACGCAGGAAACCUGGUCGAGGCGGACUUUGUCUACCCGCCAACUGCCAACGUUUCGGUCUUCAAGCUCCUGCAGUCCAUGGACAAGACCUACCCAAAGGAGAUGGGAAUGACCAUUGUCCUGGGCUACAACCACACUAUCAAUUCAUCGACUCUGGGCGUGACUUUCUCCUACUUCGGCACGCCAGCUCAGGCCAAGCCAGUCGUUGAUCAGUUCGUUGCAUUGAAGCCAGUGAGAUGGCAAAAUCAGACCAUCCCAUGGAGUCAGCUCAGCCAGAAGCAAGGCUUCGGCGCCUCUGGCCCAGCUGCUUGCAUUCGACAACUGUGGAACAAUCACUACUCCGUUGGAACCAAGCAGACUGACCCAGCGACGUACACAAGUGUCUUCAACAGCUUCAAUGCCUGGGCCAAGGGCAAGACAUGGUACAAUGGCAAUAUUGCGAUCCAGCGGUUCAACACCAACGUCACCCUUUCGGUGCCCACCGAGCAACAGGGUGUUUACCCUGGACGUGAGAUUGGAACGAUCAUCGUCAUCAACAACUUCUACGACGGCCCUGCUCAUGACGAAGCAGUCUACCAGUUCAGCCGCCCCAUCCGUUCUCAGCUUGCUGCCACCAGUGGCUUCAGCAACCUGACUACUUACAUCAACUACGCUUUUGGAGAUGAGGGACCCAACGUCUGGUAUGGCCAGAGCCAUCUCCCAAGACUCGUAGCCACCAAGAAGAAGUGGGACCCACAGUACAAGUUUGGCCCAGGCAACCCAAUCCCAACAAGUGCAUGA